AUAUAGAAAGCAUUUGAAAAAUUAUGAUCACUCUUCCGGCAUCUGCAUAGGAAGUAUAUCGUUGCCAUGGAAACGGAUAUAUUUUUUAUCAGAGUGCAUGUGGACCUGUGUUGAUUCAUAAAACGGUUGUAACCCGGCGACGUCUUUUUUUCUUGUUAAUAAAUGGUGGAAUUAUAUUUUUUAUCGCUUGAUUCGCUUUGUUCUCAUCCUGCCAUCCUUAAUUUAAUCAAACUGAUGAUGUUUCAUUGCUAUUCGCUCUUCACUGUACUCGUGCAAAGUGUGACAGACGACCGUUUUGUGCCAAUUGGAUAUGUGAAAUAUGGCGAAAAUCAGCUUUUUGAGAUCCUCCGUUUCUACCCAACUUCACUUCGAGCCUUCUUGUUUUUGUUUUGUUUUGUUUUGUUUUUGCAACACGACUCCAAUAUAAGAGACAGUGCGAUACGCCUCAUCUCAGAAAUUGAAAUCCAGGGAUGAUGCGAAUUAAAUGCUGUGCCACUGAACGUGAUGCAUACACCUAAUGAACAAUAUCUUUCGUCCGAUAGCAUUUAAUGCACUACUAGUUCAAGAUAAUGGCACAAUGCCUUACUCAGCUUGCAGUUAUUUAAUAAAUUCUUCAUCUGCCGAAGACUUAUAUAGACGGAUUAAGACAGAGUCAUCGUUUUAAGAUGUCAACUCUUGAAUGAAGAUCAUUUUGGUGGGUGUGAAAAGUGUGAUUCAACGAUCACAGAUACUCGUGGACACUUUGAAAAGAAGUUCUUUUGUUAAUCGUCGUUUCUUUUCUCGCAAAGAACAAACUAUCAAGCGAAAUGUCUCGCUUGUGGACACUUGUGUUUUAUUCUCUUCUAUCUGUGGUGAAUGCUCUCUUGGACACGAAAGGAGAUUUGGGUUUAUCGUGUUAUUUGGAUACUUUCGAAUUCUGUUUUACAUCAGAGGAGGGGAACUUUACGAUGCCAGAUGGAGAUAUAAACAUAGUCGCCAUUCUCUCCGGUGAUGGAAAAUCUCAGGAAAAGUGCAUCGAAAAUGUUGUACAUUCUGCCAUCAAUAUUGAAUACGCGAUCGGAGAAGCAAUCAUACUUUAUCCUUCGCAAUCCAACGCAUCAAUAACAGAUUACGCCAUCAUCCAUACGUGUUUGUGUACAAACGACUCAUCACUUCGAGCAGACGACAUUCGCGUUCUUCUGCGAAACAUACAAAAUCCCUUCGUCAUUCUUGGCGCCAAUUUUUUUCCACCACUCUUUACACAUGCAUUAUUGGAGAUAGCAGAGAACCUGGAUAUCCCCUUUUAUAGCCUAUCUUCAUCGCAUUACGUAACCGAUUUCCAAUAUAAAACUCGGCAUUCUAUCGUUAAUUAUUCGGCGCCAUCGCACGAAGCCCUUAUUGAAACGGUUCUCGAAGUUAUUGACCAUUUCGGAUGGUCAUGGGUUAGUUUUCUAACUAUGGAUGACGAGAUGGGACGAAUUUUUAUGAGAACCGCGGAAAUGAGAUUGGAAACAAAAGACAACGUGUGUAUCGAUAUCAAGAUUCCCGUCAAGAAAAGUUUGACUGGGGACUACUUUUUGGAUGAAAGACUCCGAAUUCAGGCUAAAAUACAAAAUUCGACUGCUAAGGUUUUCGUCGCGUUUGUUGCAGAAUCAAAUUCUAUCGGAAUACUGGAUGAGAUAAAAACCAUGUUUCCAGAUCGGGUAUGGAUCUUGGCCAGUUUGGACCAUGGACAUCAAAACAUCGCAGGAGAUGGCUGGACACUCCAUAUCUCACCGACAUUGUACUCGCUACGGGGAAGCCUCGAUGAUUUCCUGAUCGACUGGUGUUCGAGGAGAUCGAACUGCUCCUCUCGUGGUCAUCCAUGGUUUCAUCGUCGUGCUGGUACGAUCUGCCAAGGGGUCGAGAACGGGACAGUGGAGUUUUCGCAGGAAGUAGAACGCGUCGACAUGUACAUGGCAGUCCGGAUGAUAGAAAACCACGCUACCUGCGCGUCUUCUAAUACCCCGAACUCGUCGUGCUCGUCGACAUCGAGGUUCGACCACGUUAUGACGCGGGAGGUCCUCCCAUCAACAAACGAGAGCCAUUCAAUGAACAGGUUUGGUGGUGAGCUUGGAAUGAACGGGAGGAUGAGUGAGUUGCCAUGGGGAUAUGACAUCAGGGCGGGGCGGAUCGCAUCAUCUGGGAACGAGACAAAUACCAGUGGAGGAGGGAGUGUGCUCAUAGGGCGAUAUAUGGAGAAUGGUCUUUCUUCGGAAAUGGUUCUUGUCGACGAUGAUCUCGUGAUCUGGCCAUUGGGCAAGGAAAAGAUUCCAGAAAGCCAUUGCUCUGUGACCUGCCCAUCCUCCCACUCCCGCUUCUCGUUGCCAGGGCAACCGUCCUGCUGCUUCCUCUGUUUGUACUGCGAGGGAAACCUCAACUUCACUUCUGAUGGUUCCAUGCGAUGUGAGAAAUGCCCUCAAGGUUACUGGUUCAACGUCACUUUAGGGUCCUGCGAGCCUCGGUACCUGGACUUCCUCCGAUGGGACUCCAUUCCGGCCUUGGUCUACAUCGUCGUCUGUUCCUUCAGCAUCCUCGUGAACCUCAUCGUUCUGGGCGUCAUCGCCUACCACCACGCCUCGCCCAUCGUCAAGGCAGCGAACAGCGAGUUGAGUCUCCUUCUCCUCGUGUGCACCACCGUGGCCUUAGUUGCCCCGAUCCUCCACAUCGGGAUCCCCACGGUCCAGCAGUGCAUGGUCCACGUGGGUCUCCAGGGACCCAUGAUCACGAUGAUCGCGUCCAUCUACCUGGUCAAGACCAAAGGGGUGUUGUCCAUCUUCGAGGCCAAACUGCCGGACCUGAUGCACAGCAACCUGUUCUUGCAGCGCCAUCUUCAGUUUCUAGCCGUUCUCGUUCUUGUGCUGAUCGAGGCUGUGGCUGUGGCGGUUUAUCUCCUGUUUGCGCCACCGGGUGUGUCGUACAUUGAUAGCCAUGUCCCGCAUAUAACGUACGUCGAGUGCAACUACGGACUUUUGGCUCUACCGGUCCAAUGGCUUUACAACUGGGUGAUCGUUGUCCUUGCCUUCGUGCUCGCGUAUAGAGCCCGUCAUCUUCCGGAAAACUUUGGAGAAGCCCGUCUGAUCGCGAAGAGUAUGGGGUUCAGCCUCCUGAUGUGGUUCCUCAGCUUCAUGUGCUUCCUCCUCUCCAGCGGCAGCAUGAAGGCUCUCUUCCAGAACGCUAUCCUGGUGGCAAGCCCCUGGAUCUUCAUGGGGUUCCUCUAUUUCCCAAAGUGCUACAUCAUCCUGAGACAGCCUCACCGCAACACGGCGCAGGAACUACGCAGAAUGACCCUGGCUCACGUCCAGAAGAGGGCUGAACAAGUUUGCGACUCUUCGGCCUCUCGAAGAUUCGGUUCCCAGGACGAGCAAAAACAAACACCUUCAGAAACAUCCUACAAAGAGAAGCGAGACGGUCAAAAGAAGUCCUCAGUGAACCGUGGGUCGAGUGUUAAAGAUGGAAGAAUUGUACUACAAAUAGAUGCGCCAGAGGUUUCUAGACAGUUGACUGACGAAACUGCGAUUUCGGGUAGUGGAAGUGUUUCACCUUCUAGCGAUCGGUCAUCUAGGGACAGCUUCGUCCGCGAUCCCGUCAUCUCUUCGCUCAAUUACGCAUCGGCGAAACCUCCUGAUGAGCUCGAAAACUAUAUCCAUGGUAAUGGUUGUUCCACACCGUACCCGGGUAACGCUAACAAUUCAAAUUCCUACCCUUCUCAUGAUGCGAACGAUGAUGAGGCACACCGGACAUUUGCAGAUGAUGCUGAGAAUCCGGAGAUGUCCUUGCGGCUUGGUGUGGCCGAAUCGUCAGCGUCUCACCCGACGAGCUGCACAGCUGAAGGCCCUGAUCAACCUGUAGUCUCCACGCCAAGUGAAACGCCGCAGGAGAAUGAUAGGGAAACCGACAAUUGUUCUGUGGAUACACCUUCAUCUCACGGACAUUCAGAUACGAAUGACAUAGUGACUGAAGAUAGACGCAUAUCCAAAAAAGAAAGAUGUGGCAAAGUGGACAUUGGCCGAAUCGAGAGAUGA